ACGGAGAGCGAGGAGGAGACCGAGGACGAGACCCAGGACGGGACCGAGGAUGAGACCAAGGACGAGACCGAGGACGAGAUCGAGGACGAGACCGAGGACGAGACCGAGGACGAGACCGAGGACGAGACCGAGGAGGAGACCAAGAACGAGACCGAGGAUGAGACCGAGGACGAGACCAAGAACGAGACCGAGGAUGAGACCGAGGACGAGACCGAGGAGGAGAUCGAGGACAAGACCGAGAGCGAGGAGGAAAACCCCGACGAUUUUUUCCUGCCGGCGCCUCUGAAGCGUACCGCCGUUGACAUGGACUCCGAGGACGAGAGCGAGGUUGAGACGAAAGACGAGACCAAGGACGAGAGCGAGGAGGAAAACCCCGACGAAGUUUUCAGCGUGUUCUUGUCAGCACCUCUGAAGCGUACCGCCGCUGACAUGGACUCCGAGGACGAGUUCGCCAGCGUGGCAAAAAAAUGCCAGCGUUGUGAGUGAUCAGGGGAAUCGUGCAUUGUUCAGGGCGGGCCUUAAGGGCUUUCGGGCGGAACUUAGUGUGAUGAAAUAUGAAUAUUGUUACGUAGAGUAGCUUUAUAAUCUACUCAAGUAAAGGAGAUUUUUUUUGAGUUUGCCUUUACAUAUGGAUCUUGCACUGUUGUAGUAGUGAACAGGAAUAUGCAUUAACUGUGCAGGUUAUUUUU